AUGGUUGUCCACUUGAUCUCCCCCCUUGCACCAAUCCUAGCCCUAAUCAUUCUGUCUCUUCCCUCUAUCAUCAACACUUCCCAACUGGAUUAUGACACUCUAGUUUUCAAACAAUGCGAUUCAUUGGACGCAAACAUCCUUCAAAGACCAACAACAAAAUAUCCACAUUACUCAAAUCAGAAUCUAUUUCUUCGUGCACAAGCCCUUUCUUCUUUCCUACGCAAACUCGAAUCCGAAUCAUAUCGAUCUAAGUUCUAUAAGACUCUAGUUGGUAACGAACAACACGCCGUCUCUGGAUGGUUCCAGUGCCGAGAAGAUUAUCCGAGUGAAAUAUGCCAUAGAUGUGUUAGUGAUCUUCGUGACAUUUCGUAUAGAGUGUGUGGAAACGCCACGUCAGCUCGUGUUCACCUCCGAGGAUGUCACUUGAUAUACAAAUUCGAACGUGUCGAGACCCAUAGUGCUCAAGAAGCUAGUAAUCAUCACAACCAUAAGUUAUUCGAAACCCCCGAGCACGGUCUGAUCCACAAGGUAUGCGAUGGAGCCACGGCGGAGACGUUCGCCGGAUUCGAAGAGAUGAAGACAGAGGCACUCACAGUAGCUGAGACAGGAGUUGUUGACGGGCACGGCUUCUACGAGGAUAGCUACAAGCUCCUCCACGUUGUGGCUCAAUGCGACGGCCACGUUGAAGCUUGCGAUUGCGGUGAGUGCGUCAGUGCCGCGGCUGCUGCAGCGGCAGAGGAGUGUCCGUGGUCCAUCGCGGGUCAAAUAUACUUAGAAGGGUGCUACGUCGGGUAUACAUAUCACCCGCAUGAAUCUCCCGAUGAUUCAUACCACGAAGAAGAUUCAAAAGUAAACACGGAGAAGUCGUUGGCGAUAGUAGUAGGAGGAGUAGCGGCAUUGGUCCUUGUUGCUAUAUUCUUUAUGUUCCUAAAGAGCUUGCGUAAAAAAGGAGAUGAUUGUUGAAGCGAAGAAGGUCUCUACACCUAAAUCAAAGGGAUGUUGGGAAAAUAAUUUUGUUCCUUGUAAUCAUUGUUCGUUCUACCAACCAAGGAAAUUUACUAAUUAAUACGACGACGUUUGGCCGUAUCUAUCUAUUGUUGUUUUGUAACCGCGAAAACUAUAGAAUAUGAGAUAUCACGUUGUGGCCCA